CCCAAAAAUAAAGCAAAACAGCAGCCAAAAGCAACAACUGUGAUUAAAACCUGUUAAUAUUUCAGUGAUAUUUUAAGUGAAUUGAAUAGAUUUGUUGUUAUUCAUAAAGAAAAUAUCAUGGAGAAACCUUUCGCGAAACGAAUUAGGUACAGUUCUCAUCUCUAUCGCAAUAUCGAUCGGCUCUUAAAAGCCGAACAGGAUGAUGAGCUCCUACCUUGCGGAAGUGCAAAUGUUACUCUUCAAUUGCCCAACGUUCAUGAUGGUUGCACGUAUGAGCUGGAUGAUAAUCAUCUCACACAAAAUGCUGGAGAAAAUGACAAUACUCUAACAACAGAAUACGGUGAUGGAGCAGAUGACAAUGAUGAUCCUGAUGAAAGCAUUGACCACGUUGUCGAUUAUCUAAUUGAAAGUUCUGAUGAAGAGCUAGAAGAUGAGCUAUCUACAAAAGAAUAUUCGGUACAAGAUGCUUUACAUCGCUGGGCCAUAUCCAAAAAAUAAACGUACGAGUCGAUGGAGGAAGUAAUGGAGAUAAUACAGAAAGCAAGUGACUGCAAGCUACCGAAAGAUGCAAGAACCUUGCUGAAGAUCAGCCGCAACCCUUCUGCGGAGAUACUCAAGGUACAAGGAGGACAGUAUUGGUAUCAUGGAGUCCAAAAAUGCUUUUCGUAUGGGUUCAGGUAAUUCAUUUUGUACAGACUUUAUGGUUCAUUAUAUUUACAUGUACUGCUUUGUUCCGUUAUAGCAAUGUAAAAGUUCCAACCGAUGCAACUCUUUCGAUCAAUAUUUCAAUCGAUGGGUUACCGAUAUUCAAAAGCAGUAACCUUCAAUUUUGGCCUAUAUU